AUGCAGCCGGCGCACGCCGGCGGCGAUCUGAAUUACUUUUCUCCUUCUGCUUCUUCUUCCUCUUCUUAUUCUUCUUCUUCUUCGGAAUUAAAGCUGGAUGAACCCGUGCGAGAAACCAUAAAGCGAGAUCUGCUGAGCGUGUGGAGCAAAAUGACUUACGUGCUGCGGCCCAAGUCCGUGGAGGAGGCCGGGGCGGGGCUGCGGGACUGGGAGCUGUGGGGCCCGCUGCUGCUGUGCAUUUGUUUGUCGGUGCUGCUGUAUUUCUCGGCGAGCGGGGGCCCCGCAGCAGCAGCAGCAGCAGCAGCAGCAGCGGAGGAGCGGCAGUUCGCUUUCGCCCUGGUGUACGUGUUCCUCGUCUGCGGGGCCUCCGUCGUGACGCUGAAUGCGCAGCUGCUGGGAAGUCCCAUUUCUUUUUUCCAGAGUCUUUGUGUCUUGGGUUAUUGUUUGUUUCCGCUGACAGCAGCAGCAGCAGCAAACUUGCUGCUGCUGCUGGGGGCCCCCCGCGGCUGCCGCCUCUGCACUGUUCUCCCCGCCCUCUUCUGGGCCUUCCGAGUUGCUGCAGCUUUCCUCCAGCCCCUCACAAAUCCCAAAAGAAAACUUCUUGCAGUUUAUCCAGUUCUUCUUUUCUACGUCACCAUUUCCGCCAUCAUCUGCGCCGUGUGA